UUCGCGCUCCUAUAUGACCCACAAUCCUAGGCGCACGGCUUUGCCAGCGCGUAAAAAAAAUUAAAUGGCGGACCUAAGCGGAGUGACGGAGCAAUAUGCUUUUAAAUGGACUAAGGAACAAACGGAGACGUUUAUACGUCUCCGUUUAGAAAAACAGCAGCUGUUUACCGGGGGGUGGGACACCGCGGCCAACGGAUAUCGGCUUAUUUUGGAGAAGAUGGGGAUCGGAGGGAGGGUCACCCACGCCCAGGCCAAGAAGAAGUGGGACAAUCUGAAGACGAAGUACGAGGAAUACAAGUGUCCUGCUACAGGUCAGGGGACAGAGGAUGGCAAGGCGACGGCAGCAACUUGGCCCUGGUUUGCCCUCAUGGACGAGGCAUUAGGGCAGUCUGCGGCAGUCUCGCCCCCCUGCCUUAUUGCCUCGAUCCAAGAGGACAAACCAGGGCCAAGCACUGCACAAGAGGUAGAGGAAGGGAGAGAUGAGGAGGAGAGAGCCACAUGCAGCAGCAGAGAGAGAGCAGGGAACAGAGCAGAGAAGAGGAGAAGGGAGAGAGUAGAUCCAUUCCUACAGCUACUGAAGGAGGACAUAAAAUACCAGAGGGAGGCAGAUGAGAGGAGGGAAGCAGAGGCCAGAGAGAGGUCAAAUAGAUUUUUUUCAUUGUUGGAGAGGUUGGUGGAAAAAAAUUAA